AUGCUGUUUUCUGCUUGCCUGCGCUGCUUCAAUCCACCAAUACAUAUAAAAGCUGAGCGCCUCCCAGAGAGAGCCUCCAGGAAAGCGCCUCCCACAGAGAUCCUCCAGGAAAGAGCCUCCCCAGAGCGUCUCCUACAGAGAGACUCCAGGAAAGCGCCUCCCCCAGAGCGUCUCCUACAGAGAGCCUCCAGGAAAGCGCCUCCCCAGAGCGUCUCCUACAGAGAGCCUCCAGGAAAGAGCCUCCCCAGAGCGUCUCCUACAGAGAGACUCCAGGAAAGAGCCUCCCCCAGAGCGUCUCCUACAGAGAGCCUCCAGGAAAGAGCCUCCCAGAGAGAGCCUCCAGGAAAGCGCCUCCUCAGAGCGUCUCCCACAGAGAGCCUCCAGGAAAGAGCCUCCCCCAGAGUGUCUCCUACAGAGAGCCUCCAGGAAAGUGUCUUCCCAGAGCGCCUCCCACAGAGAGAUUCCAGGAAAGUGCCUCCCCAGAGCGCCUCCCAGAGAGAGCCUCCAGGAAAGAGCCUCCCCCAGAGCGUCUCCUACAGAGAGACUCCAGGAAAAAGCCUUCCUCCAGAGCGUCUCCUACAGAGAGCCUCCAGGAAAGCGCCUCCCCAGAGAGUCUCCUACAGAGAGCCUCCAGGAAAGCGCCUCCCCAGAGCGUCUCCUACAGAGAGCCUCCAGGAAAGAGCCUCCCCAGAACGUCUCCCACAGAGAGCCUCCAGGAAAGAGCCUCCCCCAGAGCGUCUCCUACAGAGAGCCUCCCCAGAGCGUCUCCUACAGAGAGCCUCCAGGAAAGAGCCUCCCCAGAGCGUCUCCUACAGAGAGCCUCCAGGAAAGAGCCUCCCCAGAUCAUCUCCCACAGAGAGCCUCCAGGAAAGAGCCUCCCCCAGAGUGUCUCCUACAGAGAGCCUCCAGGAAAGCGCCUCCCCAGAGCGUCUCCUACAGAGAGCCUCCAGGAAAGAGCCUCCCCAGAGCGUCUCCUACAGAGAGCCUCCAGGAAAGAGCCUCCCCAGAGCGUCUCCUACAGAGAGCCUCCAGGAAAGAGCCUCCCCAGAUCGUCUCCCACAGAGAGCCUCCAGGAAAGAGCCUCCCCCAGAGUGUCUCCUACAGAGAGCCUCCAGGAAAGCGCCUCCCCAGAGCGUCUCCUACAGAAAGCCUCCAGGAAAGAGCCUCCCCAGAGCGUCUCCUACAGAGAGACUCCAGGAAAGAGCCUCCCCCAGAGUGUCUCCUACAGAGAGCCUCCAGGAAAGCGCCUCCCCAGAGCGUCUCCUACAGAAAGCCUCCAGGAAAGAGCCUCCCCAGAGCGUCUCCUACAGAGAGACUCCAGGAAAGAGCCUCCCCCAGAGCGUCUCCUACAGAGAGCCUCCAGGAAAGAGCCUCCCCAGAGCGUCUCCUACAGAGAGCCUCCAGGAAAGAGCCUCCCCAGAGCGUCUCCUACAGAGAGACUCCAGGAAAGAGCCUCCCCCAGAGCGUCUCCUACAGAAAGCCUCCAGGAAAGAGCGUCUCCUACAGAGAGACUCCAGGAAAAAGCCUUCCUCCAGAGCACCUCCCUUAGAGAGUCUCCAGGAAAACGCCCCCCCCCCCUCCUAG